AUGCCUGAAUUUGUCAAUCAACUCAACAACAAAUGUCAACAUUACAGGAAGGAAAUGCCCAUUUAUGAGGAGAAGCGAUCUGGUCCAGCGCAUGCCGAGGUCUGGAAUAUUAUAGUGACCAUUAAAGAGAUUGAAUACGGGAGAGGGGAAGGGUCGAACAGGAAACGCGCCAAAGAGGCUGCCGCCGAAGUCGCUUUGAAGCGGCUUAUGGAGGAGGUCGACGAAGUCUAG